AUGGCAAAUGCUAUUAUGGUGGUUUUCUCUAAGUCUCGUCAUAGACUUUGUACAUGGCAUAUUAGUAAAAAUGCCCAACAAAACCUCCCAGGACUCUAUGGUAAUCCAGAUUUCCAUCAAAGAUUUAAUAAGUGCUUAAAUGGAUGUUUAACUGAAAUGGAGUUUGAGUCAACUUGGAAUGGUAUGAUUGAGAAGCAUAAUUUAAAGGAUCAUGCAUGGCUUAAAAGGUUAUACCAAAUCCAAGAAAAGUGGUGUCCAGCCUUCAAUGUAGAUUUCUUUUUUGCAAAGGUGAAGUCUACCCAACGGAGUGAGAGUACAAAUAGUGUAUUUCAUCAAAUCAUGAAAACAUCCAUGACACUUAUCCAAGUUGUUGAAUUUUAUGAGGAAAAAGUAGUAGAAAUGUGCCAAAAUGAAAUAAAUGAAGAUUUUCGUUGUAAGAUUGGUGUACCUUCAAAAGUAAUGAGGUUUGGAGGUAUCUUAAGUCAUGCUAUUAAAGUUUAUACUAUUACUUUGUUUAAAAUGUUUGAAGAAGAGUUCAAUUCAGGUGGAGGAUUGACUUGUGUUGAAACUAACCAUCAUGAGAAUAACUUCACAUAUUCACUACAUAACCGGUCUGAAUUGACCAUUUGUUAUGAUUGCAAGUUAUUUGAGACAUUGGGCUUGUUAUGUUGCCAUGCUUUAAGGGUGUUUCUUGUUAACAAUGUGAACAAGAUACCCAAUACAUAUAUAUCAAGUAGAUGGACAAAAGAUGCAAAAAAGAGAUUGUGUUGUUAUGAUGAUUUUUCUCAACCAAAAGAGAAAUCAAGUCGUACAUUGCGUGUGAGCAUGUUAACUCAUUUGGGAUAUAAUAUGGUUGAUAAAGCUUCAUUGAGCAAUAGUGGGACAAAAUUUAUGAUGGAUAAUCUAAGAGAGCUAUCUCAUGAGUUUGAAAAGUAUAUGAUGGCUACAAAUGGGGUGGGAGAUGUUGGUAAAGAAUGUCCUCAAGAUCUUGCACAUGAUGAGGUGCAACCAAACUUAGAUGGGGAGAAACCAAUCCUUGAUCCACGACAUGUGAGAAAGAAAGGGAAAACCAAUGCUAGAAUAAAAUGUCAAUUGGAAAAAAAGAAAAGAGAAAAGGUGAAAGAUGCAUCAACUUCACAAGCUCCACAAUCUACUUCUAUGCUUCAAGAAAUUCAAGUGAAAAAGAUGAGAAGAAGCAUAAAAGAUGCAACUAGUUCCCAAGCUCCACAAGCUAGAGAUGUUCAAGUAUCAUUCAUUUCCCCAGAGAUGUCUAUUGCUUAUCUCAUGUUUAGCUCUAUAAGAAUGCAUCAACAAAUUCAAGUGGAAAAGAUGAGAAGUGGAAAAUAUGCAACUAGUUCACAAGCUCCACAAGCUAGUUCUAUGAUACAUAGAGAUGCUCAAUCAUCAUUCAUUCUCCCGGAGAUGUCUAUUGUUUAUCCCAUGUUUAGCUCUACAAGAAUGAAUUAA